AUAUGGUUUGCUAUCAAAUCAAAGUAUCAUAUUCAAGCACUUCUCGUAGUACUGUUAACUAAAAGUAAACAUCAACAACAAUGGCUUUCAGAGUAAUCGGUUUCAAUGACCCAAUUUUCUCAGGUCUUCAAGACAUGCUUGGCGUAUCAGAUCAAGAACUUGAAAAGCCGGCGAACACACCAUCAACAAAAUACGUAAGAGAUGCAAAAGCAAUGGCGGCAACUCCAGUUGAUAUCAAGGAGUAUCCCGACUCUUAUGUGUUUGUACUGGAUAUGCCAGGGUUGAAGUCAGAGGAAAUCAAAGUUCAAGCGGAAGAUAAUAAUGUCCUUGUUGUGACCGGAAUGCGACAACGGGUAGACGAAAAGGAGAAAGAAGUUAAAUAUGUAAGGAUGGAAAGAAGAAUUGGGAAGUUUAUGAGGAAAUUUUUACUGCCUGAGAAUGCAAAUGUUGAUGCAAUUUCAGCUGUUUGUGUUGAUGGUGUUCUUACUAUUAGUGUUCAGAAAUUGCCUCCACCCGAACCCAAGAAGCCUAGGACUAUUCAGGUUCAAAUUGGGUAAGAUAAUGGUUCGUCAUGCCGAAACAGGAGAUGCGAUCUUAAUGAAAUGUGUUUUCCGUAGCUUAGAUGUAUGCUUGAAAUAGCUCUUUGUUUGCGCGUCUUAUUUUGUUUUAAUGGUCGAUCGUGUACUUUUAUCAAAAAUAAAUAAAAUUUUAAGUUUAUUUCAGUGAAA